GUAUUCUUUAUAGAGGUCAAGGGGUGUGUGAUGAAAAUGGCUUUCUUGCAGCAAUGGCGAAGAUUUAAUUUUUUUGACAAGGAGGUAGUGAAACACCCUGACACAAACCAAAUCUAUGAUAAGUUGAAAGGUAUAAACAUAUCCGUUUGUACUAGCGGUAAGGGUCAAAUAAUUGUUGGUGACUAUGAGGGUAAUUUGUACUUCAUUGACCGUAAUUUACAAAUCUCGUCUUUCCCUGCUUAUGAGCAAGUAGUGACGCAUAUCUAUCAGCUGAGACAGCAUAAUGUACUUGUUACAAUUGGGCAAGAUGAAUCAGGUAUUAAUCCAGUUAUCAAGGUCUGGAACUUUGACAAGGUGGAUAAGAUGGGGAUCCCGAAGUGUUCAAGAAUCACUCGUGCUCUACCUGGUACCAUGAAUCCAUCGAGGGUGACUGCGCUUAGUGUCAGUGAUAACAUGAACAUGAUGGCCGUAGGCUUUGAAGAUGGCACUGUUACUCUAAUCAAGGGAGAUGUUACAGUUGAAAGGCAUAGCAAAUCAAAGACUAUCCAUGGAGGUGGCAAGCCUGUUACUGGUCUCUCAUUCAGACAUACUCAACGUAACUCCUUUUUAUUUGUAGUCACUGAAAAUAUGGUUUUAUCUUACAAUGUGACUGGAAAGGAUGCUAGAAAGGAGGUACUAGAUGAGCAUGGUUGCCCUCAACGCUGCACUGUGAUGAGUGACAGUACCCAGGACAAUCAAUUAAUCAUUGGUCGACAUGAUGCAGUGUAUUUCUACCACUUGGAUGGGCGCGGUCCCUGUCUGGCAUUUGAAGGAGAAAAGCGGCUGUUACAUUGGUAUCGUGGGUACCUUAUCAUUGUGGGUAAGGACAGCAAGAAUAUUCCUCGAGUUCAAACUAGUAGUGGACAGACUAGACAAAUGGACAUUGUGACAGUGUAUGAUAUUCAGAAUAAGUUCAUAGCUUAUUCUGGUCCAUUCCCAGAAGUAGUCGAUGUUGUUUGUGAGUGGGGCUCCCUCUAUGUCAUUGCUGGGGAUAAGUUGUUUCAACUCCCAGAAAAAGAUACACAGACCAAGCUAGAAAUGCUCUUUAAGAAGAAUUUGUAUGUCAUGGCAAUAAAUUUGGCAAAAAGCCAGCACUAUGAUGAAGAUGGUCUAGUUGAUAUUUUUACUCAGUAUGGUGAUCACUUGUACAACAAAGGGGAUCAUGAUGGUGCUAUUGGCCAGUAUAUAAGAACAAUUGGUAACCUCGAACCAUCAUAUGUUAUAAGAAAGUUUCUUGAUGCUCAGAGGAUCCAUAAUCUGACAGCUUACCUGCAGGCACUUCACACGAAAUCCCUUGCCAAUGAAGACCACACAACACUCUUACUUAACUGCUACACUAAACUCAAAGACAACACUAAGUUAGAUGAAUUCAUCAUGACCAAAGAAAAAGUAGAUUUUGAUGUUGAGACUGCUAUUAAAGUAUGCCGUCAAGCAGGCUAUUACAAGCACGCCCUCUUUCUAGCGGAGAAACAUGGUCAGCAUGAUUGGUAUCUGAAGAUACAGCUGGAGGACAUCAAGGAUUAUCAGAAGGCUUUGCAGUACAUCUCACGACUCAGCUUUGAAGAGACUGAGAGCAAUAUGAAGAAAUAUGGCAAGACACUGAUGAGUGAAGUACCAACUGCUACUACGGAACUCCUCAAAUUACUGUGUACUGAUUACAAGCCUAUAGACUCACCAAUCGUAGACCAAGAUACAUUAGCAGGGGGUAUGCCUACUGUAAAUAGAGCAGCCGCUGAAGAAUUUAUUCACAUCUUUGUAAACAACUCCCGUAAACUUAUGGAAUUCUUGGAACAUAUGACAAGGGUUCAACCGAAUUCUCCAGAAAUAAUCUACAAUACUCUGCUUGAGCUGUACAUGCAUGAUAUGGCCCAUGAGGCAGACUCAAGGCUACAGGUGCAACUGGAACAGAAGUCUAUGAGUCUCAUGCACAACGUUAAUGCUGGAUAUGAUAUUGACCAAGCACUGGUUCUUUGCCAAAUGCAUGAUUUCAAAAAAGGAAUUUUAUAUUUGUAUGAAAAAGCAAAAUUGUAUCAACAGAUUCUUCGCUACCAUAUGGACCAUGAUGAAUAUGUUCAAGUUAUUGAGACUUGCAAGCGAUAUGGAACACAAGACUCCAGUUUGUGGGUGCAGACCUUAGCUUAUUUUGCUCGUAAGGAAGAGAGUUGUAAACCACAUAUAACAGAGGUUUUGUCGCAAGUUGAUAAGAGGAACUUAAUGCCACCUCUGCUGGUGAUCCAAACCUUAGCACACAAUUCCACUGCAACUCUUUCAGUAGUAAAGGAUUAUAUUAUUCGAAGGCUGCAACAAGAAAAUGAUCAGAUAAAUGAAGACCAGCGACUCAUCCAGCAAUACCAGCAAGAAACUGAAAAGAUGAAAGGUCAAAUUGAGGAUCUCAAAGCAAGUGCCAAAAUAUUUCAAGUCUCCACAUGUAGCAUAUGUAACCAUGCACUGGAGCUGCCAUCUGUACACUUCCUUUGCCAGCACUCAUAUCACCAACACUGUUUUGAAGGCUAUGCUGAGAAUGAUCAAGAAUGUCCUGUGUGUGCACCUGAAAACAAAAAAGUGUUGGACAUAAUCAGAGCGCAAGAACAGAGCCGUGAUCUUCAUGAACAAUUUCAUAGGCAGUUAGAGAAAUCGUCAGAUGGGUUCUCUGUUGUUGCUGACUACUUUGGGAGGGGCGUAUUCAACAAGGUAACACUGGUAACUGAAUCAUCAAAUUCACAACAGCGAAAAGCGAUGCCUGAAAGCAUUCCUAUUAAGCCAUUGCCACAGGCUCAAAUAAAGCCGAUAUCAAGGUCGAAUUCACCAAUGACUGCUCAACCACAGAGGGCAUCAUCACCACAACGCUCCUCACAACAUUCAUCGCCAUCAAGAGUAUUACCAGCACAGACUAGGCAGCAACCUACGUCGCAGCCUGCAACACAAACACGCCAACAGCCCAGACAUCAACCAGUCGCACACCCACCGAGGCAGUCCCCGAGACAGCAGCAAGUCUCGCAGACAAAACAAGCCGUACCGCAGUCAAGACAGCCUUCAAGACAACAGCCAUCUUCACAACCAAAACAGCAAUCUAGAUCUGUAACACCAAAUUCCGCAGCUUCCAAGAACCCAUUUGAUGAAGACGACUCUGGAUCUAACCCAUUUGAUGAAGAUAUUAAUUAUGAUAAAAGUCUUAAUCCCUUUGAAUAAAGCUUUAAAUAGAAAAAUAUAAGUAAAACAAAGUAUAUGUGAUACUGUAGGUCAUAUAGUUGCAAGGGAUCAAAAUUCUAGGAUGGAAAUUUAGAUGUAAAAUUGGAUUCUUAAAUGUAAACAUUAAAGAAAUGUUUUUGAAUAUGUUCCAGUACACUGUUCAAUCUCAAAAUUAUGGAAGAAAUUGUCAUUGCUAGGCUUUCCUUCAACAGCUGACUAUUAUUGUUCAGUGAAGUACAGUAUGACAAAAUGAAAAUUGCUAAUUGUUUUACAGUAAUUUAAUUUAUCAUGAUUAUCAUGUAAAAAAUUAUGCCUGUUAUUCGAUGUUUGUUCAUUGCCACCACAGCAAGUACACUCGCCAUGCUUUCAGGAUGGAACGAUGCUUUAUAAACCAAGCCUCUUAUUGAGCUCUAUAGAGUGGAGUUUAGUCGUGAGAAAAUGUCCUGCAGUGACAGGAAUUGAACCCAGGACCCUGGGAUUAGAAGGCAAGCAUCUUAACCACUAAGCUAUUCAACUCCACUCCACAUACUCCUUUUUGUGUUUACUCUUAAGUUAUGCUACAUACAUCCCCUUUUUCAUUGUCAAUACUCUCAUCUGUUUUGAGUUUUAAUAGUAUGAUGAUAGUUUUAUAUAAAUGUUUAUUCAAUCAAUAGAAAAGUAACCGUAAAUAUAAUAAUAAUAAUAAUAAUAAUAAUAAUAAUAAUAAAAAUAUAGAAAUUGAUAUAGCACCUUUUGCCAAAGAAUACAGGGCACUUAGAUAUGUGGUGUAAUAACUCGAUCAAAGACUUUCUUCUCCCCUAAGUGUCACUUUGUGUCUGUACUACCCGGUACCAGCAACGCUGGGUGUCCACCACAGGGACUGUCUGUAGUGCACACAAUCCAUUGUGUACACUGGGCCUACGAUUUAUAGGUCCUUAUCCGAGAAGUCUACCACCAGAGCCAUAGGCGAGUAUGCCGUUUGAACCAACAACAUUAUUUAUGGCUGUAGGUUUCAGCGCCCCUGCCUUAACCGCUCGGCCAUUCGACUAAAAUAUAAUUAUUUUGAAUGUGAUUAUUUUCCAUUAAUUUGGGAUAAAAGGUAGAAGCAAAGCUUGCCAUAGUUGAUCAUAAAACCAAAACAAAAUAUGCAAGAAAAAUAUAAAGUAAUUGUUAAACCUGAAAUAAGACAACAAUGCAUCAUUAUGAGCAGUUAAUAAUUCUGAAUACGUUUUCUUAAAAUUCUUUUUUCUAGAUGUUGAAAUUGGUUAAACAUAUAUUAAUUUGCAAGCAGAGAGAGUAAUUGACAAAAAUGAUGCAGCUUUAUUUACUUGAUUCCCAGGAUGACUGUAACUGUAAUCCUGGGUAUAGAAGCCAAGCAUAAUGUUUAUUGGCCCCUCGAUGAGCAAUCUAUACUACUUCGUAUACGGUGCAGAUUUUACCAGGUGGUCAGCCCAAAGCCUCUCAAUUGCAUAUUUAAACAUAUUUAAGGAUGUAGCAUAGCAUAUUCAUAUCAUUUGUGUCAAGUGCUCCUUUAGUGUUUAUAAUGUAAAUAAUAAAAUCUGAUAAUUUGA